UAUAUUCUUUUAGAGAGCUGAUUAUGGGCUGCUUGUCUUGAAGCCAAUCCACUUGAUCACAUGAAGUCUAAUCUUUAACUCACUAUCUUUUUCUUUUUUGCAUCUUAGCUAAGAUUUAAUACCCCAUGUGGGAUGUUUCUAAUAGUUGUUCUUAGAUUUUGUCUUCUUUGAUUUUCUGCUUUGGUUAAAAAAUUCAGUAGUACAUCUUUUAUUAAUCCCUUAUUGGUCCUCUUCUGACAUGUUUCUACUUGACCUUUUUUUUGAUAUGAGUGAGAUUCUUGAUUUCUUGAGUAUUAUUGCUAGUUGUCUUUAGUUGGGUUUUAGCAAAAUAUGAUUUUUAGCCAAGUAUGAUGGUUUUCUUGGGAAUAUAAUGAAAAAUUGUACUGAAUUUUGAGCAAGAUGGGAUUUUUAUGAUAUUUCAAUAUGUGGGUUGAAGAGCUAGAGUUUCUUGAGUAUUAUUUCUAGUUGGCUUUAGUUGGGUUUUGGCAAAAUAUGAUUUUUCACUAAGCAUAAUGGUUUUCUUGGGAAUAAAUAUGAUGAGAAAUUGGACUAAAUGUUGAGCAAGAUUGGAUUUUUAUGAUAUUCCAAGAUUUGGGUUGAAGAGCUCAAGUGAAUAUAAAUAUAUUUAGUUGAGGAUUAUUUGGUUUUUGUCCAAUUUUGUAGGAUCUGUGGAAUUUGAGUAGGUGGGAAUGGAAAGCAAUUCUAAGACAAUUGUGUGGUUUAGGAGGGAUUUGAGAAUUGAGGAUAAUCCAGCUUUAGCAGCAGCUGCUAGGAAUGGGAGUGUAUUUCCAGUGUUUAUAUGGUGUCCUAAAGAAGAAGGGCAAUUUUAUCCAGCUCAGAGUACACUUUCUGCUCUCUUGGACUGCAUCGAAGCUGUUGGGGCGACAAAAGUUGUGUAUAAUCAUCUAUAUGAUCCUGUUUCACUUGUUCGUGACCACAAUAUCAAGCAAAAGCUGGGGGAACUUGGCAUAUCUGUUCAGAGCUACAACGGGGACUUACUGAAUGAACCAUGGGAAGUCUACGACGAUGAUGGAAAAGUUCUUACAGCUUUUGAUGCAUACUGGGAGAAGUCUUUGCGUCUCCAAAAAGAACCCGUUUCACACCUUCCACCUUGGAAAUUAAUUCCAGCUGCAGGAUCAGUUAAAAUGUGUUCGGUUGAGGAAUUGGGACUGGAAAAUGAGUUAGAAAAAUCUAGUAACGCAUUAUUGGGGAAAGGAUGGGCACCAGGUUGGAGCAAUGCAGACAAGGCCUUAACAGAGUUUAUAGAGAACCAACUACUUGCUUACUCAAAGGAUAGGCUGAGAGUCGGGGGAAACUCGACAUCCCUUCUGUCUCCUUAUCUUCACUUUGGAGAAGUUAGUGUGAGGAAGGUUUUCAACAGUGUGCGUUUGAAGCAGAUACUAUGGACCAAAGAGGGGAAUUCUGUUGGAGACGAGAGUGCUCGUCUUUACCUUAGAGCUAUUGGGCUUCGAGAGUAUUCCCGCUAUAUCUGUUUUAAUUUCCCAUUUACUCAUGAAAGGUCAUUAUUGAACAACCUGAAGUUUUUCCCUUGGAAUGCUGAUCAGGCCCAUUUUAAGGCAUGGCGACAGGGUCGGACAGGUUACCCAUUAGUAGAUGCAGGAAUGAGAGAACUUUGGGCAACUGGCUGGAUUCAUAAUAAAAUACGAGUUAUUGUUGCUAGUUUCUUUGUGAAGUUCUUACUUCUGCCAUGGCAAUGGGGGAUGAAGUACUUUUGGGAUACACUCUUGGACGCGGAUUUAGAAAGCGAUAUUAUUGGUUGGCAAUAUAUCUCCGGUAGCUUGCCCGAUGGUCAUGAACUUGAGCGCCUAGAUAACCCCGAGGUUCAAGGAUUCAACUACGAUCCGGAGGGUGAAUAUGUGAGGCAUUGGUUGCCUGAGCUAGCAAGAAUGCCAGCUGAAUGGAUCCAUCAUCCUUGGGAUGCACCUCUUACUGUGCUCAAGGCUGCGGGGGUGGAACUCGGAAUGAAUUAUCCGAACCCUAUCAUUGAUGUAGAUGUUGCGAGGGAUCAUCUAAUGCAAGCUAUAUUUAUCAUGCGAGAAAAAGAAGCAGCUGCAAAUGCCGCAGAUGCAAAUGGAACCAAUGAAGUUGUUUUUGAUAACUCUGAAAAUGUUGGAGAUUCGGCCAAUCCAAAGGUUGUAAAGGGAAAGGUGCCUUGCCCGAGCAGUUCAUCUUAUGAUCAGAGGGUGCCAUCAAUGCAAAAGGGAUGCACAAAUAAGAAGAGAUCAAAGCCAGCCGAAGAAGAAAAGAAAAUCAAAGAUAAUUGGCUUAGCUGCAAGAUCAAGAAUGAAGGGAAGAUCUCAAACGCGGAUGAUGACUUGUGCUCGACUGCAGAAUCCUGUUCUAUGAAAAAGCAGAUGACCACCAGCAGAAAUUCAUUUUCAGUACCUCAAGCAAUUUCCAAGUCUUACGACAUAAAAUCCUUUGAUGGUGAAGCAUCAUCACAUGUGAAGCUGCAAAAUGAAGAAGCGAUUGACAUGGAAAUCAAUUCAUGCAAAAAUGGAGCUAUUGCAGAAUGAUUCCCUCACCAUCUCAAACGGCUGUCUCUUUCGAAAUUGUUCAAUAGGAGAUACAAAUAUAGUCAAAUCAGCAUAUGCAGUGGAACGGCGAUUCUGUUAAACAUGUCUUCUUGUAAAUAACUACCUGGUAAUCGUUAGCGGGGUUGUAGUUUGUUUGACAUAGUAAUGAUAGAACUCAACUGAAGCAGCUCAGAUUCAUGGUUGAAUCUCUACUUUGUUUAGUUACAUAUAUAGACCAUGCAUUUGUAAUCUUGAAAAUGAAUUUCUCUUGUAUUUCAUAGUAAUAAAAGAUGAAAGAGGUCAUCCAGUUUUGAGAAACUAUAA